ACUUAACUUUUUAAAGAGCCACAUAUUAUCAGAGCGGGACCUAGAACCAAGUAACUAUUCUCAUGAAAUAGAAAGGAGAAAUACCAAAAACAUAGUUCUUCCCUGACUGCAAUGAAGAUUCCUCAUUGCUAGUAACUGAAGGCCAGGGAAGUUCUAUUAUCUGCCUUAAAUCAUUCAAUUAAUUAAUAGUCACAUUAGCCAGGCGUGAUGGCUAACACUUUUAAGUCCGAGAACUUUGUGACCCUAGAUGGGAAGAUCGCUUGUGACCAGGAGUUUGAGGCUGCAGUGAGCUAUGACCACCAAUACACUCCAAUGUGGGCAACAAAGCCAGACUCUGUCUCAAAAAAAAUAAAGAAAUAACGGUCACAUUACAAUCAGAAUCAAGGUUUCAUAUUGUUAUUAUUUUGUUCUACUUACACCUCCUUUGAACCCUACCUCCACUAAAAACAGAAAUGCGUAGUGCAAUUUCUAAGACGCCGCGUCUGGAGAGCUCGAACUGUUGCACCAUCCAGGUGAGGCCGCCAUGAUAACUCGGUGGCAUAAAACUGAGGAGUUCAGCAGAGGAGACAAAAGUGAAGUUUUAGCCUUACGUGGGCCUGUCUACUUAAGAGAGUGAGUGAAAGCAAAAGGGAUGUGAGGAGAUUAAGGAAGGUGGGGAGGACUAAAGCACUACAAAUUCAGGUAGAAGAGCGGAGGGAAACCGGACACCAAAGAAGCAGGAUAAAAGUUGGGUCAGGCUGGGAGACCUUCAAGCGACCACGCGGGAAGUGAGGGACGCGAGCGCGCACUACAAGUCCCAGAAGCCCCGGUUUCCUGGAGCCCGCGCAGUGCCGCGCAAAGCCCGCCGGGAACCGGCCGCAGCGGCCAAGAUGUCGCAGCCCAAGAAAAGAAAGGUUGAGUCGCCGGGCGGCGGCGCCGAAGGAGGGGAGGGAAGUGAGGAGGAAGAUGGCGGGGAGCGGGAGGCGGCCCCGCAGCGACCCAGGAGGACUAAGCGGGAGCGGGACCAGCUGUACUACGAGUGCUACUCGGACGUUUCGGUCCACGAGGAGAUGAUUGCGGACCGGGUCCGCACCGAUGCCUACCGCCUGGGCAUCCUGCGCAACUGGGCAGCACUGCGGGGCAAGACGGUGCUGGACGUGGGCGCGGGCACCGGCAUUCUAAGCAUCUUCUGUGCCCAGGCCGGGGCCCGGCGCGUGUACGCGGUGGAGGCCAGCGCCAUCUGGCAACAGGCCCGGGAGGUGGUGCGGCUCAACGGGCUGGAAGACCGGGUGCACGUCCUGCCGGGGCCAGUGGAGACGGUGGAGUUGCCGGAGCAGGUGGAUGCCAUCGUGAGCGAGUGGAUGGGCUACGGACUCCUGCACGAGUCCAUGCUGAGCUCCGUGCUCCACGCGCGGACCAAGUGGCUGAAGGAGGGCGGUCUGCUCCUGCCAGCUUCCGCCGAGCUCUUCGUAGCCCCCAUCAGCGACCAGAUGCUGGAGUGGCGCCUGGGCUUCUGGAGCCAGGUGAAGCAGCACUACGGUGUGGACAUGAGCUGCCUGGAGAGCUUCGCUACGCGCUGCCUUAUGGGCCACUCGGAGAUCGUGGUGCAGGGCCUGUCCGGCGAGGAUGUGCUGGCUCGGCCGCAGCGCUUCGCUCAGCUCGAGCUGGCCCGCGCCGGCUUGGAGCAGGAGCUGGUGGCUGGGGUGGGCGGGCGCUUCCGCUGCAGCUGCUAUGGCUCGGCGCCCAUGCACGGCUUUGCCAUCUGGUUCCAGGUGACCUUCCCAGGAGGGGACUCAGAGAAACCCCUGGUGCUGUCCACCUCACCUUUUCAUCCGGCCACCCACUGGAAGCAGGCGCUCCUCUACCUGAACGAGCCUGUACAAGUGGAGCAAGACACGGACGUUUCAGGAGAGAUCACGCUGCUGCCCUCCCGGGACAACCCCCGUCGCCUGCGCGUGCUGCUGCGCUACAAAGUGGGGGACCAGGAGGAAAAGACCAAAGACUUUGCCAUGGAAGACUGAGUUUUUUGCCUUUUCUCCCAGCUACCUCCCAAGGCAGCCUGACCUGCGUGGGAGAGGGUAGGGAGGUCGGAGGAGAGAGGGAGAUCCCACAUGCAAGUAGGGGGCGAUAUCACUGUCUCCCUUUUCCCUCGUGGCUGGGGAGGGAGAAUGAUUUCAGUGUCUGUUUGAGGAGAUUCUUCUGGCGAUGUUUAUUUUGAAAAGUUAUCCCCCUCAACGACGGAUACAGCGUGCUUAUUAAUGGGCUUUUAAGCCUCAGAGGCAUGUAGUACCAAGCACUUGUAUUUCCAUUUCUUUUGUUUUGUGGGAAAAAUAAACACGAAUGAAAAUGUCAUUUGAUGAAGGGUCCAUGCACAUUCCUGACAUCUCACACCCUUUCUAAAUAUGAAUCUGGGGAAAAGGGUAAAAGUUCAUUUAGACUCCAUACAUUUCCAAUAUGACUUUUAUCUCUCUCCUGAGCCAUGCUUUCUCAGUCUCUGAAUUCUCUCUGUCCCUAGGUGCCUCAAGGUUAUGAUAAUUCUUCCUCAUUGUUUUCUAAAUAAAUUUCUGUACUCAUAAUCAAGGGGAGGAGAUGAGGAAGAAGUUUAAAUAGCCCUGUUCUCAUUACUCUUAGUACUUUCAUAGGGUGUUAAAGUUGAUUGAACACAUUAAUCCAUUAAGUAAAAUGCACUUUAUAUGAUUGUACAACAUAUCCAAGAAAUGCAGAUGGUACAUUUAGGAGAAAAAGACCUGAAAGACAACAAAGUAGUAUGAUCUUUAAAAUUCUUACCUUUACUAUUAAGACCACCAAGAAAAUGUUUCAUGUAUGUUCCAUAGUAAGUAUUUGUGUAAUUCCUAUGAAACAGGCUGGUAGAAGAGGUUUCUGAAUCUAUCCCAAGGGCUUAUUCAUCACCAUGGGUAAAUUAUUUAAGCUCACUUAAUUAAGGAAAAUAUUUUCUCAGCUAGAAAAGUGCUCUCAUUCUCAUUUAAACUCUCAUUUAUAGGAAUCAUGUGACUUGGCCUACUUACAAGUAGUGAAAUUUCCUUUUUUAGUUUUUUUUUUUUUUUCUUUCUUUCUUAGCUCAGCCAAAUGUGAAAGUUGUGAAUUUAGGAAAGUCACUUGUAAUGAAGUGUGAGUCAUGUUAUCAAAUUUAUUUCACUGAUGUUCCCCUCCUUAUCCCUGUAGCAAAUAAAACAUUGGCAUUCUCACUUUUUAUAGGUGAAGUCUUGUGUAUUAUCUAUGAAUUAUAAUGCUUUUGCUUUUUUAAUAUUAUCAGUUCUUAAGAAAAAGGUUACAACCCCUUCAGAAUAUAACUUCAGUACAAUUCAAACUAUGCUUAAUGCAUGGUUUUUGCAUACUAGUAGCUUUUGUAUGCCAAUAGAAAAUAAGUGUGAAAAACAUAUUUUGCAGUACUCUAAUAUUUUAUUUAUUGUAACUGAGUGUUUUUGUUCUUUUAUUCAUUGUAUAUUAAAGUAUUUAAGUAU